GUCAGUUAGUGAAAACGUACGCACGCACGAAAGGAAUUACAAGGACAAGACAAGACGGUCCAAAUAAAUAGAAACUAUGAUCUCAUAAUUAUUUUGACUCAUUAAUUUCUUUACAUGUACUUCGUGAAAGUUCAUUAGUGUUAUAAGAAAUGCAACAAUCACCGUUCGAGAAUAUUUUUAACAUUAUCGGUGGCCUAUCAGAAGGCAAUGAGAAACCUAUGAAACAUGGAUUUUAUAAUGCUUUUGCUUUAUUUAUUCUAGCAAUAUGUUGUGUAGCAGUUUAUGUACUCUUUCUUAUACUAGAACCUUUCUUCAAGCCUUUAUUUUGGGCUUUAUUGGUGGGGUCUAUCCUACACCCUUUCAAGUAUAAACUGUCUCAAAAAUUAAAGACAUGGUUUGAAGAUCUGGAGAAAACAAACACAUCUGUGAUAUUUGGAUUAAUGAUUAUACCUGUGAAUGUGGUUAACCGGGCGUCUGACACUGUUGGUUAUCAAUUCAAGGAACAUUAUAAAACUGUAAUAGGCCUGCUGCUAUCAAUCUUUGUACUGCCAUGGCUCUACAACUCUGUGCCGAGGAGCUUCUCCUGCAUCUUCUGGCAACUAACCAGUUUCAUUGGAUUCUCCACCACAAUGCUCAUAACAUUAUGUAGUUCUUAUAUUACUUUAACAAUUGUCCUAGCAUACCUCAUAAGUGUGUCCACACUAUGGACACCACAACGGGCCGUGAUGUUCAGGACAACUUCCCAGUUACUAUGGCUGGUUAUCACAAGUUUCAUUGCCAGUCUUUGUGGCUCCUGCCAGGUCUAUGUCUUUGUGAUACUGCAGGCUAUGUGUGUCACAGGCUUUGCUUUGGAGGUCUUGGAUGUACAUAAGAAAUUACUUAUUCAUGAUCCAGAAGCCUCAAUGAUAACUGCUAUUCAUGAAGUAUUUACAAAUGGACAUAACGAAGAAACACCAAAACUUAUUGAGGAUAAGCCCAAAGAAUCUAGUCAACCAAGUGCCAGUGACCAGGAAUCCACUCCAGAAAAGGACACUCCAUCUCCAGUUACCCCGGAUACAGUCCAGAGAGGAAGCUGGUCGACUGUGGAACCUAUACAAAGUUCACCACGACAUAAUGUAAAAAAGUUAUACAAAACAAAAACAUUAUCCGAUUUGCCUAUUGGCAAAAUGAAAUCGGCAUAUGAAAAUAGGUUAAUUGCAGCAUUCAAGCAGAGAUCCUUAGAUGAGAAUUACAUGAAGAAUAAUUUCAACAGCGACGAAGAAACUGCUUUAUAUUUUAAGUUACUGUUCUUUGGAUGUUUCUGUAUGUUGGUUUUCAAACACAUAUGGUUGUUGCCUGUUCUGUUGUUCUUCCUGGCCAUACAUGUUUUGAAGAGACUGCUGGAGUAUUUUGGAGUGUGGCUGUUUUUUGAAAAUCAAUAUAACAAUGUUAUGGGGAAAAUAAAUAACUGGUGGAAUCACAGAGAGUCUGCAUUGGUCCCGGCGCAUAUACGCGGCGUCGGCAAAAUGAUGUCAAUCUGCAACAACAGCCUGCGGGAGAUGUGCUACGGGUCGGUGGACACUGUGUCCAGCUGCUUUGUCAUCAUUGGCCUUAUUCUGUUCCUGACUGUUGCCAUCAUAUUCAUCUGUAUACAGAUAUACUCAGAGGCGAUAGUAGUGGUGCAGCUAAGCGGCAGCCUUCUCAACAGCACGUUCGUGCAGAACAGUGAACUUCACGCGUAUCUGCCCGAGGGCUGGGAGGAGAAACUCGACUCGCUCAUCGACAACGCCUACACCUACGGGAGGGAGGGAAUCUCUACAGCAGUUAGAAGUAUACUAAAAGAAGGCGAUCCAGAGAAAAUCGCGCGCGUAGAACAACAGAUUCUGGAGAUAUGGGACCGCGUGUACCAGAGCUGGGUUUCUGGGCAUUUCGCGUCGCCCGUGGGUCCUCAGGUCGACGGCGCCGCCAUACAAGACUCCUGGGAGAGUUUCGUCAAUGAUGUCUCCAAUACUCCAGGUUUGUUCGAUUACUCCGGAUUGGUGGCGUGGGUGAAGGCAAACCUGGGCACACUGAGCGCCAUCGCGACCAGCAUGUGGGCGCCGCUGGCCAGCAACGUGUCCCUAUUGGCUGGCUCCGUGGGCGCGUUCACGUCUUUGUUGCUGUGCGGAGGUGGCGCCAUCAUCAACAUGUUCAUCAACUUGGUGGUGUUCUUCACGACGUUGUUCUACCUCCUGGCGUCCAGCAACGCGCUGUACAAGCCGGUGGAAGUGAUCACUCAGGUGCAGCCCAACUUCGGUCCGAGGCUCGGUAUAGCUCUCUCUGUCGCCAUUAACCAGGUUUUCAGAGCCUCAUUCAAGAUGGCGUUGUUCUACGGACUAUGGACGUGGCUGGUUCACAAUCUGUUUGGCGCGAAAGUUGUCUACCUGCCCUCUGUCCUGGCAGCAGUGUUGGGCGCGGCGCCCUUCCUCGGCCCGUAUCUGGCGGGUCUGCCGGCCGCGCUUGACGUGUGGCUGCAAGGCCGGCCAAUGAUGGCGCUACUCCUGCCCAUCGCUCAGGCCGCGCCAAUCGCGUUCCUCGACGCCGCCGUCUACGCGGAGAUCAAAGACGGCGGGCACCCGUAUGUGACAGGACUGGCCAUAGCGGGCGGCAUCUUCUACCUGGGGCCCGAGGGCGCGAUCCUGGGGCCGCUGCUGCUGUGCUGCCUCAUGGUGGUGCUCAACCUCUCCUCCACCUUCCUCAGGGACACGCCCUCCGAAGAACGCGCCGCCCUCCACUCAAGGGCCAGGUCAUUAUUGGGAUGCUUUAUAUAAAAAGGUGUGUAUAUUAUAACUAGAUAUUCUGUAGUAUUCUUUUCGUUUCUUUAUCAAGGCGAAAGAUGUAAACAAAUCAAGCAAUCUGAAACAGCAUUUUCCACAAAUAAUAAUAUACAAAAUGUUUUAAUGUCUGAUUAUAGCUAAGACGCAAAAAUGGUCUGUUAUAUCAAAUAAGAAAGUUUAAGGCUUUUUAAGAAAUAAUAACUACAUCGUGUGGGUGAAUUACAUAUUUAUGUAUGCGCACAUAAAUUGAAAAUAAAUAUUUACCUUAAUUUUUAGUAAAUAUAUUCAUUACAAGCCAAUAUAGGAAAGUAAUUAUUCAUCUGUGUUAUAUUUCAUAAUUUAUUUACAUCUUUGGUCAAUUCUGGUAUAUUAUGUAAAUUAGAUGUUUUUACUAUUUUGCUUUGUUUAUAUUUUUGUACCACGUUGUGCACCCCUGGCUGAUUGCGUGAGAUUACUAGAUAGAUUUUUAUUGCAUUUAACCCUACUACGCUAGUCAACUAGUUAUUUCUUUUUUUACUAACAUAUUUUUUUAAUAAUUCGCACUCUCGCAGUGAAGGUUAGCUAAAGUUUCAAUAUCGAAAAGAUCUUGUAUUAAGUAGCAAGUGACACGUAACACUUUCUCGCUCGUUACGCAUUCCACACAUGAUUCCAUGGAAUUGAGUGAGGCAUUAUAUUUUAUGCGUUAAUCCCCUAAAGUAAAAACAACAAACAACAUGGCUUCAAAGUUAAAACAACAAAUUUAUAUUUUUGAAGUUCUAUUAUUAUAUUAGACAUACUUAUCUAUUAACUUUAGUUGACCUUUCCUGAUGUUUAUUUGCAUGUCCUCAAAUUUGGGGUAAACUUUUUUGAUAGAAACCCUUCGCAAGGCAACCAGAGUCGCUUCUUCUGAACAGUCCCUCCGCAUACUAAAUAAUAGAAAAAACAUCUGUUACAAUCGGUCCAGAUGAUAGUCGCUUGCCACGAUUAUAUCCAAUGCAUGUCCAAAAAUAUUCGGGUAAAAUCCUUAUAGGCUUCUUUUAUAUUGUUCUAAAUAGAUUCUAUACUUUUAUAUCUACUAUUUAUUCUUUAUAUAUUUAUAAAUAAUGCGCAUAAUUGAUUUAUUUAUCCACGUACAUACAUAGAUUAAUACAUUUUAAAUAUUUGUUUACAGGCUGGGUGUUUAUUUCUGACGGGUUUGCAUGGACGACUAAUGCUAACAUACAACACUCAUCUUAGUCAAUUAUACUAUUAUGUAAGGAACUGAUUGAUUCAUCAUUCAUUAAUGGUAUUAACUAGCAACACUCAUCGACUGCCUAAAUGUAACAAAGCAAUGUAUGUUGUGCUGAGUGUAUACCCUUUCACCGCGACACUUUAUAUCAGUUGUCAAUUAAUGAAUGUAUAUUGUUGUUGAAACAUCAAUUAAUCAAUCAAUAAGAACAAGGUUCUUGUCGAUGUAGUAUUUUAAAUUUACUCUGUCCCUUGCCACAUAUUUUACCUCCCUAUACGACACGACCUUCGCCUUGUAUUUUAUUACGUUUAUGAAUGCCCUUCUUGGCUUUUCCUUUUGCUUCCUUUUCCUUUAGCGCGAAGCUUAGAAAUGUGCAACACUUAAAUGAAAAUAGUUUACAAAUAGUGGUUUUUGGUUGAUAUAGGCACGAAAAUGUUUAUCUGAUUAAUGUCGUUCGCGGUGAAAGUGUAGUCAUUUAUGUAUGUAUAUUUACUCGGGAAAAAUGUCUAAAUAUAAUUACAAUUUGGAAUCACUUUCUCAAAAUGUGACCCGCUUUUAGCUUUACCCGCAUGUAUAUGAUACUUAAGUAUACUUGUAUGAAAAUAAAUGAAAUUAUUAGGGGUCUCCAGACCUAACAUUUUUAUACUUUGAAUGAGACUAUAGUGAAUUCAUCGGUGCUCCAAGUCACGCAGCGGGCGAAUUAAGUAACAUAAAUGGAAUACAUUGUCAUUUAUAUUACAAUAAAGAAUAAUUUAUCGAAUUCUUACAUACAAAGAUCAUCAUUUCACCAUGUUUUAACGUUACAUCGAAUUGAUUAAAUAUCUUAUUAUUAACUUGUACCUGAAACAUACCCAUUUUAUAUGUUUAAAUCUAAAUAGAAUAUAAAUAUAUCAGUAGGAAUCUUUUGACAAUUAAAUUGUUAAUAGACAUCAUACAUCGUAUAAUAAGAUCUGUGAUCAAUUUAAUGUAUACAGAGUGCAACAAAUACUUAUACUACUGGCUAAAUAUUUGACGAAGUUAAGUGAUUGCAGUAUUGAAUUGAAGGGGGAAAUAGCCGCCCUGCGAUGUAUGGGCAUUGCAUAUAAUGCUUGAACUUCUAUACUGCGAAAAGUGAAAAAUCUUUUUUUAAUAGUUGCGUCUUUUAUCCAUCUGACGGCAGCAUACUUCUCAAAUGUCACUGAUGCACUGCAUAUUAGGCAUAUAGGAUAUAUCCCAUGCCUUGGAACCUAAUAAGGUUAUUAUUACUUAAAUAAAACUGCCUAUAAUUUAUCAACUAUAAAGGAAUCUGAUGAAUGUGUCCACUUUCGAUUUUCCAUUAUACGCAUUGUUGCUUUCUUGGCUCGGACGUGUGAGCUUAUAUCUAUGUAUUUAUUCUUUAUAGACACGAAUGUAUUGUUAUUUAAUUUAGAACUUGUUAGAGGAAACGACUGGUUGCCAAAUAAAAGCGAUUAAGGUCGAGUCGUAGUGAUAUAAUUUGAUGGUGCUUUAUUUAUUAAUAUAAAAAUAAUUUAUUGCACAUUAUUAUAGAUAUGCAUACAAAAUGUAUCAUACAACUUAAAACUAAAUUGAUAAUCAAGAAAACGUGAAAAAGGUUUACUAUCUGUUUGUUAUAUGAAUGGCUGCUGUAUAGGGUGCGAGGGGAGUUCAGGUCAUAAAUAACUACGCUUCACAAUACUUGAGUAAAUGUAUGUAUUUAUUAGUAAUAUUCAAUAAUAAGUUAUUAAGUUGACUAUUUUUAACAAAUUUAACUACUUAAUACAUUAUCUAAAACAAUCUCAUUAAUAAUAAAAAUAGAGUGCGCCUUUUUGUAUUAUUAUUUAUCAUAAUUAAUAUAUUCAAAGAAUAAUAUUCGAUGGGACUAAACACUUAAAUGCAUAUUGAUUUAAUCACGGAAUGCAGAAAUCCAUGGAAGUGUUAAAGACCAACUUAUUCACAGUACAGGUGUCGCCAAAUGCACACAUCAAACAUGUCGCAUAUCUUCAAUCCAAAAUAGCCCAAAUCAAACAGACUACUAAGCUAAAAAACACCUUCACUGUACACAGAGUUUACUCUGCCAUAGCACACAAGGUCAUAUUUGCAGUGAAACUAAUAAAAACAAAGGACAGCUCGAGGCAAUCGUUUGACUAAGUUUAAGGGUGGAUACGACUUCGGCGGCGUUCCGAAGUCCUUGCCGGCGAUUAAUCGCAAACAUUGACACGCGUGACACGCCUACUUCAUAUUUCCAUGUUUUCUGUGUUCCGUGGUUUUAAAACUGAUAAGAAUUUUUACGAUUUUUAUAAGAUUUGUAAAAUCAACAUUACAUUUGUAUCUAAUUAGUAAAUAAGUCGAUUAAACGAAUAUUCCUAAAAACAGAAAUUGCUCUCUUUUAAAUUUAUUAUAAUAAUAAACACGUCUGUGUGCAUAUGUGAAAUUAAAAUUAUAAAAUCCUCAGUCAUUAAUAUAGUAUAAAAUGAUGAUAAAAUAUUGACGAAAUAUAUAUGUAAGCAUUACGUGUGUUUGAAUAUGUACUUGCUGCUAUUAUUACUUUAAACUUUGUCAGGUUUUAAUUGAAGAUUAUUUGAACGUGGCGCAAUUUUUUAUACUAAUUCUAUGGAGCUGUAAAAACUGUUCAAAAAACUUUUAAUUUUUCAAACAGUGAAGUGACUCUCACAAAUAGGAACAUAAGAAUAUUGUAUUAUUAUUUAAAUUCAACAAAGUCCUUACCAGUUCGAGAGAAUCGUCCAAAGAUUAUUUUUAUAUACAUUGCUGCAUGUUAUUUUAUUAGUUGGUAAUACCGCACGCAUUUUCGCAUUAUAAACUGAAAAUAAAUGUAUUCGUUUGCUA